CUUUUGAUACAUGUAGAACUGAUGUCUGGCGAAGUAAUUAAGCUCCCUUUUUUACUUUUGGUUUCCUAUUUUUGUGUAUGGCUUUGUUGUGGAAGCAGGUGCUUCAACUUGAACAAUGCACGCAAUUUGCAGCUGAUACGGUAAUAAAGAAAGCUUUAGCUUGGUAUUCAAAUAGCUUGCCCAGUCUUCGUGUCAUAUCUCUAGAAGGAGCAUGUCAAUUAUCCCCUACUGGGCUAAAAGCACUUGUCAUGUCAGCACCUGCACUAAGCUCUGUAAAUUUGAGCCAUUGCGCCCUUCUAACCAACGUUGGUAUCAAAAUUUUGGCCAAUUCUUUAAAAUCAACACUGAGGGAGCUCAACAUCAGCUACUGCCCAAAAAUAGAUGCAAUGGAUGUGCAUCUUUCAUUGAUGGAGUUGGAGCAUUUGGAAGCGUUGUCAGUUGCUGGAAUUUACGCAGUCUGCGACAGAUUUGUUAGUUACAUAUUAUGUGCACUUGGGCAUAACAUAAAGAAGCUUGAUUUUGCUGAUUGUCCGAGUUUGACCAAGUAUGCUCUCCAACACAUUGCGCAUUACAGCAGGGGCUUACUGUCAUUAAACCUAUCAAACUUGGUUGGACUGCCAAAUAUGGGAUUGGAAUAUCUUGGUGAUGGUUGUAGACGAAUUGAAACACUUAAACUUUGCGCCAAUAGAUUCAGUGAUGACACAAUUGCUGCAUUUUUGGAAGCUUCUGGACAGUCUUUGAAGGAACUUUCUCUCAACCAUGUUAAGGAGGUUGGCUCCCAAACUGCCUAUUCCAUUGCCAAAUAUUCAACAAAUUUGUUGAGUUUGGAUUUAUCUGGGUGCAAGAAAAUAACAGAUCAGGCACUGGGAUUGAUUGUUGACAGUUGCAAGUCACUGAAGUUGUUGAAACUCUUCUGCUGUACGCAGAUAACAGAUGUAUUUCUCAAUCGGCACUCAAACCCCAUGGUGCAUAUCGUUGGGUUGCAGUCGACAUCAUCACGGGAUAUCGUGAGCCACUUCGAGUCUUCAGAAGAUUUUUUGGAGUAUUCGCCUCUCAAAUUUUUAUCUGAUGACACAGACAGAAAAAACUCUGGUUCUUCCGAACCAGUUCUGAAGAAGAGAAGACAAGGCAAACUGAUGGAAGCAGAGACUGAGUUUUCAAUGAAAAGAAAAUAAGAGAUAGAGGGCUUUAUUGCAUUCUUUUUCCAAACUUUUUCAUUCUUUGUGCCAAAAUUUAUGUUUUAGGAAAGAGCAUAAUGUACAUUUGGUUAUGCCAAAGAUAACAGAUUACUAGCAUUUUGCAGCAACUGGGGAACUGCAACUGAGACAUCUGGGCCGUUAUCAGUUUUGCUGUCAUUCUUUUAUAGUGAAAAUUUUAUAGUACAAUAAUGCUUCAGUCUGUAAUACUGAAUUUCAAAGUGGU